UUUUUUUUUUUUUUUUUUUUUGUGGCUAAGGCAAUUCAGGUUACACAGCUAGCAAGCAUUAAGCGUCUGAGGACAAAUUUGAACUCAGGUCCUCCUGACUCCAAGGUGAAUGAUCUAUCUACAGUUUCACCCUCUCUUAGUUUUUAAGAAUAAAUAAUAGGACUGAUAGGUCACACUAUUUUAAUGUAAAAUUCCAGAGUGGGAGGGGGUGGGAAACCAGAGCCACGUGUGACUGAAAUAACACCACAUCUAAAGUGAGAUUCAGGACUCUCACUUAACUAAAAUCUUCCUGGUAUUCUUUAGCUUCCACAUCUCGUGUGAGCCUUCAGGAAAGCAUGGCAUGGAAGACACUGCUUUGCCUCCUAGGGAAGGAAAAGAUUCUGAUCCCAAGUAGAAAUCCCUCUGGCAAAGUCAGCAAUCUUCCUCACGAAGUCCUGGUGAACCAGGUUCCUUCUCAAAGGUCUCAUAGAAAUCCUAAUCUAAGUCACUUUUGGAUCUUUUUUUUUUUUUAAUUUGUAAAAUCAAAUUCAGAAACACUUAUUAACGGUUUACUUUGUGCUAGAAUCUGUCAAUUCAAAGAUGAAAACCAGUUCAGUGUAUGACCUCCAAGGUCCCAAUCCUAUUGGUAGGUAUGUGACUUGUAUACCAAUUAGAAGCAGCUGCGUGGUGCAGUAGAUUAAAAGCACUGGGUCUAGAGUUAGUAAAAGCUGAGUUCAAAUUCAUUCUCAGAACUUAAUGACUGGGGGGGGGGGGUGACACUUAAUUUCCUCAGUUUAUUCAACUUUAAAAUAGGGGUGAUAAUAGUACCUACCUGGGAGGGUGGUCUUGAGAAUCAAAUGAAAUAUUAUUUGUAAAGUACUUAGACACAGUGUCUGACACAUAGUAGGUACUGUAUAAAAGGCUUGUUCUCUUCUUUCCCAAUUAUAAAUAUAAUCAAGGUAGAGUAACCGCAAAGAAGAAAUCCCGACUUGUAGGAAAAUGAAGGGAUUGGAAGAGUUAAAAUCUCUGAGGUACUUUCCGGCUCUAAUAUUCUAUGUUUCAGUGGAUAUUAAGCCCAUCCAGCCACCCCACAGAAACUUUGCUCUUUUUAAGGAACCUCUUCUUGCCACCUGUCUUGCCCCUUUGAGGGACGAUGGGAAACUAAAGAAGUUCCCGGUUCGCUAGACCAUAGGGUGUUGGGGAGAGAGUUUGGAAAUGAUGUGCUCUUUUGUAAGGGCCAGACUCGUGGUCUGAAGGGCAUUAGGACCGUGAGGAUCUCUUCCACUCUCCUUCUAUCUCUUCCCCCAACCCCCUCCACCUCUCUCCUUUUUCUGCUCUGCAGGACUGAGCAGUGAGACAAGAGCUAAAACAAACAGCUGUGACUGAGAGAGCCAGCCAAAGCUCGGAAGAAACAGAAAACCCUAUCCAUAUUGUCGCGCCCCCCCCCCCCCCCGACUAUCCACCCUCUUCUUUCCUUCCCUCCCUCCCCAACUCCUUCUACCCCCCACCCCUACUUACCCUAACCUACCAAGCCACAUCUUUAGUUUACUCCCGGCUCGCAGCACUGGGCUUUUCAACAUGAGAAGGAUCCGCGCUAAUGCCAUCGCAAUCCUGACGGUCGCCUGGAUCUUGGGCACUUUCUAUUACUUAUGGCAGGACAACAGAUCCCAUUCAGCAUCCUCCAGCCGAUCUCCUAGCAGCGGCGGAGGUGGCAGGAACGGACAGAGACCAGCUGGUAGGCUGGAACUCCACAGAGAAGACCGGACUAUCCCCCUCAUUGUCACCAAAAUCCCUACAAGAAGCUUUGAUGAGAAAGCAUACCUGGCCUCCAAGCUGUUGAAGGCUGGAGAGGAUCCCUACAGGCAACAUGCCUUCAACCAACUGGAGAGUGACAAGCUAAGCAGUGACCGCCCCAUCCGGGACACCCGCCAUUACAGAUGUACAUCUGUACACUAUGCCUCAGACCUACCGGCUACCAGCAUUGUUAUUACUUUUCAUAAUGAAGCCCGAUCUACCCUUCUGCGAACAGUGAAGAGUGUUCUGAAUCGCACUCCUGCCAACCUGAUCCAGGAGAUCAUUUUAGUGGAUGACUUUAGUUCUGAUCCUGAAGACUGCCUGCUCCUGACCAGGAUCCCCAAAAUCAAAUGUCUACGCAAUGAUCGGCGGGAAGGGUUGAUCCGUUCCCGUGUUCGAGGAGCAGAAGUGGCAAUAGCAGAUAUCCUUACCUUCCUGGACAGCCACUGUGAGGUAAACAGUGAGUGGCUUCAGCCCAUGCUUCAGAGAGUGAAAGAGGACUACACACGGGUGGUCAGCCCCAUCAUUGAUGUCAUCAGCCUGGAUAACUUUGCAUACCUGGCAGCAUCUGCUGACCUUCGGGGAGGAUUUGACUGGAGUCUUCAUUUCAAAUGGGAACAAAUUCCCAUAGAGCAGAAGAUGUCCCGAAUAGAUCCCACCCAGCCAAUUCGAACACCCGUCAUAGCUGGAGGGAUCUUUGUGAUUGACAAGGCCUGGUUUAACCACUUGGGAAAAUACGAUACUCAAAUGGACAUCUGGGGUGGGGAGAAUUUUGAGCUCUCUUUCCGGGUGUGGAUGUGUGGUGGCAGCUUAGAGAUUGUCCCCUGCAGCCGAGUGGGCCAUGUCUUCAGGAAGCGACACCCAUAUGACUUCCCUGAGGGUAAUGCCCUCACAUACAUAAAGAAUACCAAGCGCACUGCAGAGGUUUGGAUGGAUGAAUACAAACAAUAUUACUAUGAAGCCCGGCCAUCUGCCAUUGGAAAAUCCUUCGGCAGUAUAGCUGACCGAGAAGAGCAGAGGAAGAAGAUGAACUGCAAGUCUUUCCAGUGGUACCUGGAGAAUGUCUAUCCAGAGCUCAAGAUCCCUGAAAAAGAGUUGAUUCCUGGGAUCAUUAAGCAAGGAACGAAUUGCUUGGAGUCCCAGGGUCAGGAUACAGCAGGAAACAAUCUGGUUGUUGUGGGGGGCUGCAAAGGGACUUCAAAUAAUCCUCUCAUGACCCAGGAGUGGGUAUUCAGUGAUCCUGUUAUCAGGCAACAAGACAAGUGUCUCUCCAUCACAUCUUUUUCUACAGGGUCCCAAGUCACUUUGGAGGCCUGCAAUCAGAAAGAUGGUAGACAGAAAUGGAAGAUGAAAGGUACUUUUAUCCAGCACUUUGUCAGUGGCCUCUGUUUGGAGAACCAACCCCCACAGGUGGUGACUGGACUAUGCCAAGUGGAUUCACCUGCCCAACAGUGGGAACUAAUACAAGCUACAUGAUGGUAGCCCCAAGGACCUCAUCAUUCCUUUUUGCAUGAGACUUUGGGGCUGGAAUGGGGUUAGGGUGGGGGAGUGUCAAACUGGGCUGUUUUCAUCUUGUCAGUGUUUCUGUUGGGAUCAUCAACAAACAUAACCACAAUGUUAAGUGUUUUUUCAAAGCUCAUGUUGGGGGGAGGAGGGAGGCAGUGGUACAUCCACGGACUCCCUUCCCCUACCAGUUCUACCUGUACUCCUCGCCUUACUCAUGGUAAUGGAAAUGGUACAGAUUUUGGACUGUGACUCAAAGAUUGGGCAGAGUUGGGGGUGGUACUUUGCCCUUUUCUUAUUUCCCAUCCCUAUAAACAUCCCUGACCCCUGUGCCCCCAAGCCUAGUUUACCCACAAGGAGGGACAAUGGCUUGUUUGUGAACAUGUGGAUGAUGUUGUUGUGUGGGGACAGGAAGGUCUAAUUCCUUCUCUGUGGUGUAGCUGGCUCCUAAUUGGGGUCCUAGGCUACAGAAGGACAAUGGAGUAAUGGAAUGGGAGGGGUGGAAGAGAACCAUGAUAUGGGAAAGAAAUGACUAAAAAAUGGGAUAACCAUCAGAAGAGAUGGGUCAAGGGUAAAGGAUAAGGGAAAAGCCCAGAGUCUACACAGAAGAAAUCCCAGAAUCACAUGUAUGUGUAUGAAAUGUAUGAAUGUAUGAAAAUGUAUAAAAAGGCAAUGUAUGAGAAGACAGAAAAAUGGUUAAGUUGUUGAAAGGAUAAAAUAGACAAAAGAUAAAAGUACUCCCUUGUCAAUACCUUCUUGGAUCUUCUGAGUUGAGAGCUUCUAAUAGAACUUUGAUGUUUAAAUUUCUGUCAGGUUAAAAAAGACCUUUUAGUAAGAAGGCUUGGAAGGCCAGUUCAUUAAAUUGUUCUUGGUGACUCUUCCUUUAGGACUUGGACAAUUUCCUCUUGGUAUUAAUUUCUUAACCCCAAUUUCUUAUGCUGGAAUCCUCUAGAACAGUGGUCUCCAAAUUUUUUUAAUCUUGCAUCCUUAUAAGUUUCAAAAAGAAAAACAAUAACCUUUUUAAAAAAAUAAAAUGGUAGUUAUUCUAGGGGGAGGAGAGUUUCCAAUGGAAUCUAUACAGCAACUACUUUAGGUACCAAGUGAUAGUUAAAUUAUAAAUGCUCUGAGGGGCUGAUGCUAUACUAUGAUGAGUGAAGGGCAAGUGUGGUUGUGUUAGAGCUUGUCUCUAUUGGCUAUCAUGAGGAGGAUGGGAUCUGACCCACCUUCCUACCAUUGGUUGGCCAAAGUCAAGCCCUCCCCCGUCCCCAGCUCUUUUGGGAUAAUGUCAUACACACCCGGGGGUCCACACCCCACUUUGGAGACACUCUUGAAAGAAGCUGGACUCUGAAAGAAUUUAAAUGACUACUAACAUAUGCAUUCUAGCUCUCCUCCCUACCCACCACUUUCCCCCUCCUCCGAUUAUGACUUGUGCCUUAUGAAAGGUCAUAUUUCUUUAUAAGGAGGAUGUUGUCUUGGAGUAGAAGGAAUGGGGCUCCUUUGCAUGGUAUGAAUAAUAACUGUCUCUUUUCAGAAUCCCCAAGGCUACUCCAAUCCCUGCUGUUAUUGAAGGAAUGAUAGAGAAGAGCCAGUCUUGCGAGCUCUAGUUGAGAAAAGAAGCUCUCACUUCCUUCCCUCCUCUACACAUUGGCCUCCUUGUAGAGUUCCUCCUUCCCCUUUGCAGGAAGGCAUAUCCUUAGGGGAUCUCUCUGGUGGCCAAAGAUUGUGUGUCUACUUUCUAGUCUUCCAUGAUUCUCUUGGAACCAAUCUCCACAUAGCUGUCUUCUUUCUGGACUUAGGUAUUGCCCUGGUACUACAAGGGCCUGAAAAAAACAAAAAGAUAAAACAUUAGCUCUGUAUAGCUCUGGAUCUUUCUAGAUGGAAAAUACAAGUACCCUCAUGUUACUUUCUUCUUGAUAUCUAUAGCAUAUUGAGUUAUCACAUCUACUCCUGUAUCAUUCAUUUGUAUGGUAUCCAAAGGUUCUGUGAGAGCAAAUAUCUGUAAUUAUAUGAAAGAAUGUCUCAACAAGUCUUUCUUUUUCCGAACUAUCACUUUCAAGGAUAUUUCCCAACUUUAGGGGAAUGUUGUCAGUGUCCUCCCAUAUUUAUGUUACAGGAAUGUCUUCCCAGACACUCCUAGAGAGUAACUGCGUUAGCCCCAUACCUCUCAGAGAGCAGUAUGGUGUGUUUACCCAUGGACCAGUGUUAAAUGUUGCUUCAUCCAUUCUUGUCCCUCCAGGUGAAUUAACACCACCCAAUCCAGUCUAAACCAAUCCAAGUUCAUUCAACAAACAUGCAUCAUGCCCCUCCUAUGUGCUCUCAACACAAUGGACAGCCUUCAUUUGAUUUGGGCCACAGGUUUAGUAUAAAAAAUGAAUAAAGUUCUGAAGCAUUUCAGGAUAGGUUGUAGGAGUAAACAGUCCUUAGGUAGAGUUUGGAUUGAUGUGAUGAGAAAAUAAUUCUAUCCGAUGGGCUGACUCCAAGGGCCCCAAAUUUGUUCCCAUCGAACAUAUCCAAAAGCUCAGAGCCACUUUGUUUCCAUUCUUCUUGACCAAAGCAUGUGCUACUUAGCUGUCCUUGGGGAACUUGUCUCUAUGAACAUCUGGAAUAAAACCCUCUCAAAUAUAUGUGUGCACCACCUUCUCCCUAUUGCCCUGGCCAGGAGUAUCUGACAUCUUGAUUGGCAGUUAGUAGCUUCUUGCCCUUAUGUUCUUCACUGAUACCCCAAUGCCUCUGGGUGGGGUUCCCAUAGUGUUUUACAAAUGACAUUAUUAUUUGCUACAUAAUUCCUGGAAUCCAGUGGUACAGAGGAGGUUUGAGAAUAACAAUGAUGACAAUGAUAAUAAAUGAUUCCUUGCAACAACUAGAA